AUACAACCACCACCUGCACCCCAAUUGCAGUUUGGUGAAAUGCAAAACAAUUAAUGGCUCCUCAACUACGUCUGAACGCCGUCGCCUUUGUCUCUCCUCAGAACCACCCAAUCCUCAUUCGAACAUUCGAACAACCACGUCAGGAUGAGCUCAAAUAUCAUUACAUCGCACAUACCAGUUUAGAUGUCAUAGACGAACGAAUACAAGCGGCAACGGCGUCCAAAUCAACGGAUUGUUACUUGGGUCUACUCUACGUGGAAGAUGUCGCUGUCUAUGGGUACAUGACUCCCUUAAAAGUCAAGAUAAUCAUCGCAUUGGAGCUUUCCGACUCCAUAGUUCGUGAUGCUGACGUUGUCGCUAUAUUUAAGGCCCUGCAUACUGCCUACAGACGUUCAGUAGCGAACCCUUUCCUGCGUUUAAACGUACCGACUGAGAACGUUACCGAUCAUUCCAUCUUGGUCUCUGCUGGAAACUCACGAUGGCAGGCGUUUAGAAAACGCGUAGAUGAGAUCGGCAGAGCUGUGGGUGGAUUUCAAUAACACGGAGGUUACUGCCUUUCACAAGGAACGAGAAGUCAUAGUGAGCCAUAUAUUUUAUGAAAUUGAUACGUGUGAUAUGGUCAAGUCACUCGACCCGGACAGCGGCUUCGUGCCUUCUCCACUGUUCCUGGGUGAGUGCUCAAGAUGUAAAUGUUGGUAUUGACAUCGACCUAUAUGAACGUCCUGCCUUUUUAUUGACUCAGUUACUUCAAAAAUACAAUGACUGAGACAGAUACGGGGCACACACUUUCCAAAUUCAAUGCGUAUGAGCCAUUAUGCUCUCCGCCAACUCGUAGCAAUGGAUAAGUCCGAAAAUUAUAAAUAUAUGUAACUUCGCGAA